CGCCAAAACCCAAACGAAAACAAAAAUGCAAAUGGUCGCAACGAAAGUUCGCCACUAUUUUGCUCCGCGCUACAAACUUUUUUGAAAAUACCCUUGAAAAGUGUCCGCCAGAGACCACGGGAAUAGAUGUGGAAGUAUGUCUCGCGUCGUAUUCGUGAUGUGUGCGAUCGAACCUACAACACCGUACUAGACGUUCGCCGCCCGUGGCAAUGCGGCGGAGAACGUUUGUGCAACGAAGGGAAUCAUCCCGGAGAUGGCCAACAACAACAACACCAACAGCCAAAUCAGUCCCAGUUUGAGGACCAGGUUCCUCAGCAGAACCGUGGCCCUAUUGGUGCUCGCAAUGGGUCAUUCUGUUUGCUGAGUGUGGCCCGGCGUCGGGUGGAAUUGAGCCGUGUGAAGCAGAAGCAGUAUGGAACCGGAUCGAAUGGGUCGGAAAAGGAAGGAUUCCGUCGGAAGGAGCAUUGUCCGUUUCAACGGUUCCAACCCAGCUGGAUCGGGGCGAUUACUUGGACAGGUGCCAUUAUUUGCGGUUGGUACACAAGCCAGCUGAUUUGUCUGAAUCGUCGCACCCACCACUGGGAAGGUCCCAAAUGCCUCCCGUAUCUGAUUUCCUCCACCCACAAGCUUCCGCGUGAGUUUCAGACUGCACGCUUUGCGAACUGUUUCCCCUUUUCAGCCCCACCAUCGCCGCCUCUAGAACCAGCCCCAAAAUCGCAGCAACAAUCUGCGGUUCCCAGUUUCCUUGGAUUCCCCAUCCCCACCGCCAAGCCCAGCCGUCUGUCGGAGUUCGAUUUUGGCCCGGAACGUAACAUAAUCUUCGAAAUCAACAACGAUGGCCAUCAGCAGACUAAACAGUACCCUGAGGAUCAUGUUGCAGUACAACUGCGUGCGGAGCCGAAGGCUCCCACAAUCGAAACGGCUAUGGAAAAUUUGGUGUCCAUAAUCGGCGAGAUUGAGUAUCAACUUGGAGUGCAGAACCUGGAGAUCGGUGACUACAGGACUGCGGUUUCUCAUUUGAAGCUGGGCACGUCCCAUCAGCAUGCCGGUGCAGCCUUCAAUUUGGGAAUCUGCUAUGAGCAAGGGUUCGGAGUGAAGAAAAAUGCUCGAGUGGCAAUGGAGUGCUUCCAUUUGGCAUCAACCUUGGGCCAUCCACAAGCCAUGUACAAUCUCGGAGUAUACUAUGCUCGUGGUCUCGGUGGGCUUCGCCGUAGCCGUUCUAUGGCGAAAAAGUGCUUUACAGCGGCAGCAGAUAUGGGAUUGGAGGAUGCAAUAACUGCACUGGGGUCUAGGUACAGCAAGGAUCCGACAAGGCGUGGUUCCGUAUCGUUUGGUUCGCCAUCGUCUUCUCCACAAUCGAUGACGGCACCGUUCGAGUUCAAGUUUAACUAUGACGAAAUCGAACGGUUUGCUGGUUUCGAUGUGGUCAAAGCGCCCGAGAAACCCGAACAAAUGGAACUGCGUUUGGUGUCGGCAAUGGCCUAGUUUUUUGCUUAUUUUUUGUAUCAAUACAAGUAUGGUUUAUGAUUUAUGGUGUUUGAGCAUUACUGAUACUGAUAAAUACAAAUAGUUACUCAAUAAAUUGAAUCAAUUUA